AUGUCUUCCGGCCAUCCUCCCUCAGCAUCUCUGCCACCCUUACCGAAAGGGUGGACGGAACAUCGCGCCCCAACUGGCCACAAUUACUACUAUCAUGCUGAAACUAAAACAUCGACCUACACACGACCAGUCGAACCCGCGCAUGCCGCACCGGUACCUAAUUUUGCGCCUCAAGUUCCACCCCAGAGCUACCAGCAGCCCAAUCAAUUCAACUUUAAUUACCCUCGCAACCAUCCCCAACAAUACCACCAUGCAAACCAAGGCCAAUUCCAACCUCCCCGUCGUCCCCGUCAUCAAGAUAAACCCGACAAACCUAAAACUAAGCGUUCAAUCCCCGAUGCCGCGCCCUGGGUCCUCGUCACCACCAAAAAAGGAAACACCUUUAUCCACAACCCAGAAACCAAAGAAUCCCUUUGGGACGCACCGGAAUCUCUAAAAUCUGCGAUUGAAUCUCUCGAAAAGUUAUCUUUGGACGAAGAACGCGAACGCGAACGUAUCCGUCGCCGACAAAGCGCUCUAGACCGCCAAAGACGUGAACAAGAGGAGGCAAUCGCCAACCAAGAGGAAGAAUACGAGUAUGGUGAAGAGGAAUACUAUGAACCUUCCGAAGGAGAAGAAGGAUCUGGGGUUCACGGCAUAAAGCGCCAAGCUUCAGCUCCAGCUGAAGGCGAAGAAGGGGACUAUUACGACGAUGAAGACUUUGACGAAGAGCACGACGAAAAACGCCUGAGAAUGGAAACCGGUGGACUAGUGGAAUUCACAGAAGACGAUAUAGCUUGGCAACUCGGCGAUAUCGCUGCACAAUACGGUCUCGGCGAGGAGGACCUAGAAGAGACCGACGAUCUAGCUCCAGAAGACGGCGCUCUACUAUUCAAAGACCUCUUGAACGAUCUGAACAUCAAUCCAUACAGCACAUGGGACAGUGAAUUGCCAAAACUAGUCGAAGAUGGGCGGUACACCGCUCUUCCAACUACCAAAAUGCGAAAACAAGUGUUUGGAGAGUGGUGUCAAGAGCGUAUUGCUGAGAUAAAAAAGGAGAAGGAGAAAGAGGUUAAGAAAGAUCCGAGGGUUGCAUAUUUGGCGUUUAUAGAAGCGAAUGCGACCCCGAAGCUCUAUUGGCCGGAAUUUAAACGGAAGUUUAAGAAAGAGGCAGCGAUGAAGGAUGUUAAAAUAACGGACAAAGUUAAGGAAACAUAUUAUAGGGAUUAUAUCAGCCGGAUCAAAACAAGUGUGGAGACAAGAGAGAAUGAUCUUAAGAAAUACCUUAAAACCGUGAAGGAUUUAAGGCGUGUAUCAACUCUCGAGACCCUGCCUCCUUCGGUGGAGUGUGAUAUCAGAUACACUGUUGUUCCAAAGGACAGAAGAGACCCGAUAGUGGAGGCUCACAUAAAAAGCCUACCUGAAGAUGCAGGCGAAGGUGAUUCAUCAAAUGAUACUCUAGAAAGACAGAGGAGGGCACUAGAGGACCGUGAGGCCGCCGUUCGAAGAGAACGGUUUUAUAAUCAGAAGGAUAUCGCGAGGGGCAAGGAAGUCCUCAGAGAAACCGAAAUGGAGAUUAAACGGGCCAUGAAUGUUGGUAAAGAAGGACUGUUGGGACAUUUGGAGCCUGCGAAAGAGAAAGAUGAGGAAGAGGGUAAGGCACCAUGA